GGGGACCGUCGUAGGUAAAGCGCGGGGAACCAUGGAGUUUGAGGGAUACAAGCAGUUUAUUGAUGAUUUCAGCUUCCAUGACUGUUUGCACGGCAGCCAGGGUUACUCCCGGGUCCUCCUGCAGCUCUUCGGGUAUGUGGGACACGGAAAAUCUUCCUUCAUCAACACCUGUAAGUACGUGUUUGAUGGGGAGUUUCUGGUCCAUGCAGAGUUGGGAAACCAAUGCGAAGGGAAGAAGAACCGGAGAUCGUACCAGCUGACCGACUCCAUCACUCUGGUCGAUAACCGCGGAUGCCCAAAGUUUGACAGCUAUGUGACGGGAGAAAUCUUUGCUCAGCUCGGGAAUCUCCUGCCCCUGAAUCGUGAAGUUCAUUGGGAGACCAACUUACCAGACAUUCUGUCGAAGGUAUCCGAUUACGAUCACGAGCCGAAUUACUCCGAUUUCAUUGUUCCAGUCUUUAUUUUCAGUGUUAAAUAUGGAUUAAGGGUGCAAAACCAGCUCUAUGAAUUAAGGGAGUUACUCAACAACGCCAAGAAACUAACAGGAAUCGUUCCUUUCGUUGUUCUCACCCAUAAAUCCCAGGAGGACCUGACCGGCGUCCAGAACAUGUUCAAGAACCUGGGGAUCGAUAACAUAUUCCAGCUGGAAAACUACACGCCGAGCGACAGCGUGAAGGUUCGGGCGACCCAUGAGGAGGUGGUGAAAAUCCUCUACGAAGUGUUAAAAGACGUCAACUUCCGCAUGACAGAAAGACGCGACAGAGAAGCCGAGAGGGCGGCGCGUAAGCGAUCCCUGGAGGAGUUUGUGAGAGAUCAACAAAGGAAGGAAGAAGAGAGGAGACAGGAGCCCCGGGGGCCAGACCCGAGGCAGAGAAAGACCUGUUACUUCUUAUAAACACGUAACGAGUGGAGCCUUUCACAGCAGCUUAAGAGCAAUACUGCAUGCUAUGCUCGCUGAUUUAUCUAUACAUUAUA